UCACACCAACAUUUUUCAAUAUUUUACAUUAGAUGUGUUACAUUUUUGUUCACUGCUAUUAAUAGCAGAGUAUGUGGCGGUGGACUCAUUAUUUCACAAUUUAAUUUCUUACGUCAUAACAGAUGGUUGGCUAAUAGAAGUGUAAAACGGUUUUUGAUCGUUCGUUUAUUUUCAACUGUACAUGGAUAGAAGAGACAUCUACAGUAGAAAAUGCAGAGAGACACAGUUUCUCUUCUGAUUCUGCCUCUGGUUAUCUGGGCUGUUUCUGCAGAAAGUGUAUUUGAUGGCCUAAAUGUGUGUGAUGAAAAAAUAAUAGGAAAAAUUAAUGAAGCGGAAAAAGAAAAAAAAACGGAAGAUAAACUUCCACUUGACUUAGCAUCUCAGCUGAAAAAACGGGCUCCAUAUGAUGUUAGAUAUGCUAACUACAAGGAUGACAAAAUCACAAAAACUAGGUGGCUUUCCACCAAGUUUGAGUUUACACGUAAAGACACAGUAGAAGGCAUAGAGGAAACCAAAACGAUGGACAUCGACUGGGAUAAACUUUUGAGUGAAGAAGGUGACAAUAAUCUGAAAAUGUUCGUCUGGAGUUUUAAAAUAGAUUUCGAUAUUAUUGGAUAUGUUGGAUACUACUUAUGUAAGACAGUGGGGACUAAUAACGAAGAAGGGACUAAUAACGAAGAAGGGACUAAUAACGAAGAAGGGACUAAUAACGAAGAAGGGACUAAUAACGAAAAAGGGACUAAUAACGAAAAAGGGACUAAUAACGAAAAAGGGACUAAUAACGAAAAAGGGACUAAUAACGAAAAAGGGACUAAUAACGAAAAAGGCCCUCAUAUGGGACCUCAUAUCGGAAUCGCAUUUUCAUAUCAUUUUCCGCGUGUCUGGAUACCUUUUGAAAUAUUAGUCGGAUCAAGAAAGAUGAGUCUAACUGCAGUUGAUCUGUUUAAAAUACAAGAUUUGGAGGUAUACGACUAACUUAUCUCAGCAUUAAGUUGAAUACAUAUAAUUGUGUGAAUACAA